AUUUACGUCUAGCUAAAGCGCCUGAAUGAGUUAAGUUGUUGUGUAACGCAUUCGAAACCUAACUUUACUAACUUCUAGUUCUGAUUAUCAGUUUGUCUUGAUUUCAUGCUGGCUUUAUUUCCCGUUGCUGUGUAUUGCUGUCUCUAUUGAAUAUAACACCACACUGCUUCUCACGCAUCUCCAGUACACAAAGUACCUAGUUGCUAAAGACAAACUAGCCAAAGACUGAAGUUAAAGUUGCAAUGAGAUUACCGCCGUUUCUUCCGCAUGCUUUUGUAAAGCGCUGUGUGAAUAUCAGUCUUCGUUGUCAUACAUGUACAGUUUCUGGACCGAAUAACUUAUCAAACCAUAGCACUAGUUUUACCUCAAGGUUAUCUGUACGACAGCUACACUUCAAUCCUCAUAUUUUUGCCAUACGUGUAGUAAAUGUACCUCCAUUCGCCGAAUCUGUCACAGAAGGUGAUAUUGUUUGGAAAAAAGCCGUUGGUGACUCAGUAAAUACAGAUGAUGUUAUUGCAGAGAUUGAAACUGACAAGACCAAUGUACCUGUUCCAGCGCCAUGUUCGGGUGUGAUAACAGAACUACUUGUUGAAGAUGGAGGAAAAGUUACUGCAGGUCAAGAUAUUUUUAAAUUGGAGGAAGGUGCUGCUCCAACUCCCGCGGUUGUUGAAAAGCCACCCCAAGAGCAUGUGAAAAAAGAGUCUGAAAAGAGACCUCUGCCCUCACCUCAGGUUCCUCCAUCAGUUACCCAUACUCCAACUCCAGAAAUUAGUCAAAGUAUUUCAACGACUUCAUCCGUACCGACAUCUCUUGAUAGUGCGCGUGUAGAACAACGUGUAAAGAUGAGCCGUAUGAGACUCCGAAUUGAAAAACGUCUGAAAGAUGCCCAGAACACAUGUGCAAUGUUGACAACCUUUAAUGAAAUUGAUAUGUCAAACCUUAUCGAACUUAGAAGUCAGUACAAAGACAUCUUUUUGAAAAAACACGGUGUAAAGUUGGGGAUGAUGUCUACGUUUACUAAAGCUUCUGCAGUUGCCCUUCUGGACCAGCCAGUCGUCAAUGCUGUUAUUGAUGGCUCAGACAUUAUAUACAGACAUUAUGUUGAUAUUAGUAUUGCAGUAGCAACCCCGAAGGGUCUUGUCGUCCCUGUAUUGCGCAAUGUGGAGAAAAUGAACUACGCUGAUAUUGAACGUGGUAUCAGUGAUUUAGGUGCGAAAGCCCUUGACGGCAAAUUAGCCGUGGAAGAUAUGGAUGGAGGAACUUUUACAAUUAGCAACGGUGGUGUGUUUGGUUCAUUAUUUAGUACUCCUAUAAUCAAUCCACCUCAAUCUGCAAUCUUAGGUUUGCAUGGCGUAUUUGAUCGACCGAUUGCACUGAGAGGACAGGUUGUCAUCCGUCCAAUGAUGUAUGUCGCCCUAACUUAUGAUCAUCGUCUGAUCGACGGUCGUGAAGCAGUAUUGUUUCUACGCAAAAUCAAGGAAUUUGUUGAGGAUCCACGAACAUAUUUCCUUCAGACCUAAACAAUAGACUUUAAGAAAAUACUUCAAGUGCACUGUUGAUUUGCGAGUUUUGGAAACUUAUCAAUUUUUCUUUUCAUAUAGCUUUCUAUGGUGCAACUAGUGACAGUUAAAAUCGUUAUAGUUUGUGUAUACAUUUAUGUAUGAGUAUUCUUUCCUUUAUAACUUAAAUAUUUCAAUAGUUCAUAAGUAGAUUGCGUAUUAUUUGUCUUUAGUUAAUAAGAGUUGUGUUACCCAGAAUUUUUGCAAGUAAUUUGUAUAUUUUAUUCUGUAUAAUUAUUUCGUACCCACUAUUUAGGCGCCAGACUGUAAUAAUUCAACCUUAAAGUGUAUGAAUUAUGUGUUUGAUUUAAUUCAUUUAUGCAUGUAAUGAUUUUCUAGAGUUAUCAAAAUUCAGUAAUUUAGUCGAUGGUAGUUCUGUAGGUCUUUUUUUUUCAUGUUUUUAUUUGAUAUUCAAUUAGAAUGAAAAUAAUCAGAUAAUUGUAUUGUUUAGUUAACAAAAUUCUGUCCUAUUCUCUAUUGCAGCAUAAAAGGUAUGGUUAUCGUAUCUAUAACUUGCAAACAUGUAAAUCAUAAAUGAAAAUUACGGAAGA